AUGCACUAUGAUGGUGAUAUGUCGGGGACUGGUCAGGGCUUGAUAAAUGCGACAUCGGAUAGCAACGCGCUCACAUCGGAGCUGAAUACUAUAUGCCGCAAAAUACGAGGGUUGCUGGAUUUAAGAACGAAAUAUAUCAAACUUUCUCUUCAAUCCUUCGAGGACAACCCGAAUAAUCGUCCUGAGUGGAACAUUUAUCCACCACCCCCAGAACCAGCCUGGGGAAAAGACAAGGAAAGCGCCAAGCUUAAUGAUCACUCCCGUGAAGAACAGAAGAAAAGAAAGAUGGGGGAAGAUAUCGGUGAAGAUUUCGAGAUGGCUGGGUGCAUGCCUCUCCCCCAAGAGUCUGACUGGAUGUUCAAGUUAGAUGAGAGUAGUGUGUACCAGGUUUAUAAAAACGAUGAUGCUGCUGCAUUGGGGCAGCCUCUCCUCCGAGUUCCCUCCCUGAGAGAAUUCUAUAUGGAUCUAGAUGAAGUUAUCGAUGUUUCAACAGACGGGCCUGCAAAGAGCUUCUCGUUCAAACGUCUUUCUUAUCUAGAGGGCAAAUUUCAGCUAUAUACGCUGUUGAAUGAAUAUCAGGAGAUAGCCGACAGCAAGAAAGUUCCCCACAGAGACUUUUAUAACGUCCGAAAAGUUGACACGCACGUUCAUCACUCAGCCUGUAUGAACCAAAAACACCUCCUGCGUUUUAUCAAAAGCAAAAUGAAAAAAUCACCGGAUGAGGUAGUUCUGUUUAGGGACGGUAAGCAUCUAACACUUAAAGAAGUUUUUGAGAGUAUCAAUCUCACAGCUUACGAUCUGAGUAUUGAUACGCUUGAUAUGCAUGCACACACGGAUUCUUUCCAUCGAUUUGACAAAUUCAACCUCAAAUACAACCCCGUUGGAGAAUCUCGCCUUCGAGAGAUAUUCUUGAAAACGGACAACUAUAUCAAAGGGCGUUAUUUGGCGGAGAUAACGAAGGAAGUCAUCUCAGAUCUAGAAUCCAGCAAAUAUCAGAUGGUUGAGUGGCGCAUCUCGAUAUACGGCAGGUCAAUUCAAGAAUGGGACAAGCUUGCGGCCUGGGUAGUCGACAACAAAUUGUUCUCGCCAAAUGUUCGUUGGCUUAUCCAGGUGCCUCGACUAUACGAUGUGUACAAAUCUAGUGGCAUGAUGGAAAAUUUCGAACAGGUAAUCACGAAUGUUUUCCAACCGUUAUUUGAGGUCACCAAAGAUCCCAACAGCCACCCAAAGCUGCACAUAUUCCUACAACGCGUGGUUGGGUUUGAUAGCGUUGAUGAUGAGAGCAAGGCAGAGCGCCGUCUCUAUAGAAAAUAUCCCAUCCCAAGGGAAUGGAAUACGAAGCAAAACCCACCUUACAGCUACUGGAUUUAUUUUAUGUUUGCAAAUAUAGCUUCCCUUAACUAUUGGCGCCAGCUUCGUGGUUUCAAUACUUUCGUCCUCAGACCACAUUGUGGUGAGGCAGGAGACCCCGACCACCUUGCUGUGGGAUUUCUGUGCUGUCACAGUAUCAGUCACGGAAUUCUGCUUAGGAAAGUUCCUUUGCUGCAAUAUCUAUUCUACCUGGAGCAAAUUGGCAUUGCAAUGUCACCACUGAGCAAUAACGCACUAUUUCUAACGUACGACAAAAAUCCAUGUGCUCAUUUCUUCAGACGCGGCCUAAAUAUCUCGUUAUCCACCGACGAUCCUCUACAGUUCGCUUUCACAAAGGAACCACUGAUCGAGGAAUAUUCUGUGGCUGCACAAAUAUAUAAAUUUAGCGCUGUGGAUAUGUGCGAGCUGGCCAAAAAUUCUGUAGAGCAAAGUGGGUUUGAGCUAUCUUUAAAGGAAAGAUGGCUCGGAUCUAAUUGCUCUGUGGCUGGAGUUGCUGGCAACAAUGUUGCCAAAAGCAAUGUCCCUGACAUUCGUGAAGCAUUCCGACAUGAAACGCUAGUUGGAGAGUUAGCAUUGUAG